GCGGUCAAGCCAAUGUGAUGGCUGGGGCGGGGUCGGGCGCUCUAUAAGUUGUCGAUAGGCGGGCACUCCGCCCUAGUUUCUAAGGAUCAUGUCUGCGAGUCAGGAUUCCCGAUCUAGAGACAAUGGCCCCGAUGGGAUGGAACCCGAAGGCGUCAUCGAGAGUAACUGGAAUGAGAUUGUCGACAGCUUUGAUGACAUGAACCUCUCAGAGUCACUCCUCCGUGGCAUAUAUGCCUAUGGUUUUGAGAAGCCCUCUGCCAUCCAGCAGCGAGCCAUUCUUCCUUGUAUCAAGGGUUAUGAUGUGAUUGCUCAAGCCCAAUCUGGGACUGGGAAAACGGCCACUUUUGCCAUAUCAAUUCUGCAACAGAUUGAAUUAGAUCUAAAGGCCACCCAGGCCUUGGUCCUGGCACCCACUAGAGAGUUGGCCCAGCAGAUACAGAAGGUAGUUAUGGCCUUAGGAGACUACAUGGGUGCCUCGUGCCAUGCCUGCAUUGGGGGUACCAAUGUACGUGCUGAGGUGCAGAAGCUGCAGAUGGAAGCCCCCCAUAUCAUCGUGGGUACCCCAGGCCGUGUGUUCGACAUGCUUAACCGGAGAUACUUGUCUCCCAAAUACAUCAAGAUGUUUGUACUGGAUGAAGCUGAUGAAAUGUUAAGCCGUGGAUUCAAGGACCAGAUCUAUGACAUAUUCCAGAAGCUCAACAGCAACACCCAGGUGGUUUUGCUGUCAGCUACAAUGCCUUCUGAUGUGCUUGAGGUGACCAAGAAGUUCAUGAGGGACCCAAUUAGAAUUCUUGUCAAGAAGGAAGAGUUGACGCUGGAGGGUAUCCGUCAGUUCUACAUCAAUGUGGAACGAGAGGAGUGGAAGCUGGACACACUGUGCGACUUGUAUGAAACCCUGACCAUUACCCAGGCAGUCAUCUUCAUUAACACCCGAAGGAAGGUGGAUUGGCUCACCGAGAAGAUGCAUGCCCGAGACUUCACCGUCUCUGCCAUGCACGGAGACAUGGACCAAAAAGAACGAGACGUUAUCAUGAGGGAGUUCCGCUCUGGCUCCAGCAGAGUAUUGAUUACCACUGACCUACUGGCCAGAGGCAUUGAUGUACAGCAAGUUUCCUUAGUCAUCAACUAUGACCUCCCCACCAAUAGGGAAAACUAUAUCCACAGAAUUGGUCGUGGUGGACGUUUCGGCCGUAAGGGUGUGGCUAUUAACAUGGUGACAGAAGAGGACAAGAGGACUCUUCGAGACAUCGAGACCUUCUACAACACCUCCAUUGAGGAAAUGCCCCUCAAUGUUGCUGACCUCAUCUGAGGGGGGCUGUUGUGCUACCUAGCACCAGCCAGGGAUGAAACCUUGGAGGGGGCUGAGGAGCAGCAGGAGGGGGGAGGGAAGGGAGCCAAGGGAUGGACAUCUUGUCAUUUUUUUCUUUUUUUUUUUUCUUUGACUCUUUGAAUAAAUGUCACUUUUUGAGGCAAAAGAAGGAACCGUGAACAUUUUAGACACCCUUUUCUUUGGGGUAGGCGCCGUCUUCUCCCAAAAACACUAAUCCAUUUCCCUAACCUAGUCAACCUCCAAACCCCAGAGGCUCUCCCACCCCAGCUGAAUUCCUCUGAAAACAUUCAUUCAGUAGGGGCUACAAUUUUGCUCCACCUCAUCUGCUGGGCCAAAUCUGGGGGGUGAACCCCUGAGCUAGGUAGCCCAGGGGGUUGUCCUCAGGUUGGGGGAGCAGGGGAGAGAAAAUGGUAGCCAUUUUUACAUUGUUUUGUAUAGUAUUUAUUGAUUCAGGAAACAAACACAAAAUUCUGAAUAAAAUGACUUGGAAACUGCC